UAGAUAGUAGAAAUGCGUGUGCGUGAUUUGUGAAACGAACUUUAUAAUUUAAUGAUCUAUUAUACUUUAUGACAUAUCAAAAAACAAUGAAAGGAUGCCAUGGAUGAACACAACAAUGAUCCUUAUGAACAACAGCUUUAUGCUGUAUUUCAAAGUUGUUUAAGAAAAGGAGAAACUGAGUUACAAGAAGAUAACUGGCUCAGUUUAUGUCAUAAAUUACAUUUGACUGAACAGAGUGAAGAAUUAAAGUCAUGCAUCCAGCAACAUAAACAAGAAAAGCAAUCUAUAUCAUUCCAAGAGUUUAGAGCUGCCUUAUUAACAUUAUUAGGGAAAACACAAAACUCAAUUACACAGACAGACAAAGAUUGUAUAACAGAAUCACAAAAUGACAUAAAUUCACAUAUUAUAGAUAAUAAAAGAUGCAAUUCUUUACCACCUAAUAAUUCUAGCUCUAAUGUAGAUUUUUUAAAUGGAAAAACAGAUGCAGCAGUAGAUGAAAAUAGACUAAAAUGUUUAUGGGAAAAGAUAAACACCUGUUUAAAAGAAAAUGUGGACUCGGCAACAAUGUUUUUUAUAUCUAAUUGUCUAGGAAUCCCAGCUCUUCCAAAACAAAUUUCACAGUGCAUCUUUGAAAAACUUGAUCAGAAUUGUGAUGGAUUAAUUAGUUUAGAUGAAUUUCUUAUUAUAUUUGAAAAUAAGGCAAUGGAAAAUCAAGUAGCACUAGAUAAGAAUAAUGAACCUGCAAACGAGUUAACUAAAUUAGAUUUUAGGAAACGGAACUUUGAUAUACAUACUCCUCGUAAAACUAGUUUUACAAGAAAUAAUACUUUUCUGGAUACAUGGAAAUUUUCUAAUAUUACAAAUACAUCUUUAUUAAUGGAUGGAGGUCUUAAAACAUCUGAAAUUUCUUUAACUGAUUUAACAACUACUUUAUGUGAUGAGUUGAAAAAUUUUAAUGAUUCAUUAGAUCACUCUGCAGUUCGAUCUCAUAUAAUGUUAUUAAGAGAUGUUCUUAUAUUAUAUCAAAAAGAAUUACAUAGCUUAAACCUUAUGAUAGAAAAUAUAAAUGGUGAAAAAGAGAAACUGCGUACUGAUAUUAUAGAAGCUAAUGAACGUGUGAACACUCUUGUUCAAGAGAUUGAUGAGCAACAUAUUCGACAAGAAGAAAUUGUUCAAAAUUUACGAAAACAAAUUGAACAACGUCAUACUGAAAUUGUACAAGAUCUUUCAAAUCAACUUAGUUCUGAACGAGAAAUGAGUGCCAGUGUCGUGAAAUCAAAGGAUGAUCAAAUACAAGUAUUGCAGAAAGAAAAUCAUGAGAUUAGAAAUAAGUUUGUAAGCACAUUACAAGAGAAUCAAGUUUUAGAAACUGAAAAUGAGAAUCUUCAUAGUCAAAUUGAGAAACUUAAACAGUCAAACAAUGAGUUAUUCGCUCAGAUAAAAGUGUUAGCAGCAGAGCAUGAUGAGUCGGAAAAUAUAGAGGCGAAACAUCAACAAGAAGUUAUAUACUUGGUAGAUCGUAUCAAGCAGUUACAAUCAGAAGCGGUACUUUUACGAGAUCAAAAUGACGAACUUACCGCAGAAUUAGAAAGUUUUAAAUUACGUGAUCGCCAUAAUAAAGAUAUAAGUUAUUGCAGACAGAAUAAUCUUCCUGGCACUCACAUAAUAAGGAAUACACUGCCAAAUGAAAUUGAAAACAAAGAGACAUUUGCAGUUGAAGAAGAUGAUUUAGAUGUUGUUUUAAAACAUUCCACAUUUCUGUCUUGUAAUUCCAACGAAGAAGAUAAUAUUCAAAAUUAUAAAAAGAUAGAUUUAAAACAGUUUAAAGAUGUAGUUGUAAAACAGUUAAAAAAUAUUUUAAUAAAUAAUAACAAGUGUACCAUAGAAAACUGUGCAUUUAAAGAUGAAAUAUCAGGAAUGAUUAUGAGAUUACAAUCCAAUUUAAAUACACAAAUUUUCAAAGAGACUGAAUUUGUCAAAAGUAUUGCAUCUGAAAUAGAAACAGAAUGUGAGGAACGAACAAGUGAAUCUUUAAGAGAUUUUGUUGUCCCCAAACAUAAGAAUUCUGUUUCCAUUAAACGAACAGUACCAUCGAAUAGUAAUGAUGAUAAUUGUGAUGUUGAUAACUUUAGUCAAGAUACGAAAAAUUCAACACAAAAUAAAGUUUCAAGUCUUAGAGAUUAUCCUCCUCGUAAAGAAGAGCAUUUGAAUGUAGAUUCCAAGUCAAGUAAGGAAAAGGAUGCUUUAGUCAUUCAGUCCUUAAAGAUUACUCCUGAAAUUGGUACAAGAUGUAACUCGAGUUUAAUAAAAAGUGAAUCAUCAGAGGACGUUUUUCUAAAUUUAAAACUGAAAGAACUUGAAGCAACUCAUGCUGCUGAAAAAAAACAAUUGAUUGAACAAUGUGCAGAGUUAGAAAGAAGUCUUGAUAUGUUAAAGAUAGAAUAUGAAGAGUGUGAAGAUUAUUGGACUGCUAAAUUAGAAGAAGAAAGACAACUUUUUGAACAGGAACAAAAAAUUAGUGAUGAGAAAUUUUCAGAACUUAUAGCUAAAAUGGCAGAGUAUGAAGAAUUAAUUAGUCCAAUAGACAAAGUAAAAAAUGGUGGACGUUUAUCUCCAAUUGAAGAGAAGUUUAAUUUAGAACAACAAUAUUUAGAUCUGGAAGAAGAAUUUGAAAAAUGGAAAGUGCAAAUGGAAGAAGAAUUGUCCCAAAAAGAUAAAGAAAUUCAAGAUUUUCAUGAGAAAAUAAAAUCUUUAGAACGACCAAUUAUGACUGAUAUGUCCAUACAAGUUACAGAUGAUUUUAUUUUUCCACCUUUAUUAACACGAUCCAAUUACGUUUCUAAUGAUUUAUUCAAUGUUCAAACAUCCAGUGAUUCGGUUUCAAAGUUAGCUCAAUGCAACGAUAAUAUUCGUAAUUUGUCUGAAGAAUUUAAAUUUAAUAGAAUUCUGGAAUCUUCAAUCAUAUCAAAUGACUUUAUUUCACCAUUAACGAAAGAUGAUAUAGAUAGUAGUAAUUGUGACCAAUAUUCUAUGAAAAAAGAAAGUAUUCACAGUGCAGAAUAUGAUUAUGUACAGAACACAUUAAAAUUACAACAUUUAAAAGCUCCAACCUGUCAAUGCAUGCGAAACGAUUCACAAGUAGGUUGCAUAAAUAUUAAUAUAUUGCAGAAUUUAAGCACGAAACUUCAGAUACAAGAGCGUAAAAAGCAUCAAUUACAAGAAUGGUUCAAACAACAACAAUAUCAUACUGAGCAUGUAUUACAACAUAUUAUGUCACAGCAUCAAGUAGAGAUAUCAGAAUUACAAUGUCUCCUUCGUAGUACUCAAGAAAAACUCCAAAUAGAAUUUCAAACAAAUGCAGAACAGGCUGAACAAUUGGCACGAACUGAUAUAUUAGUAAAAGAUUUGUACAUAGAAAAUGCCUGUUUAAUAGCUAAUUUAAAACGUUUACGACAGCACUAUAAUAUGUUAACAGGAUUGAAUGCUGAAUCAACUUCAAUAUGAUAUUACAAUCAAUUAUUAAUAGUAUAUA